ACACUUGCUGACAAUCGACGAUACAAAGCUCCACCAACUCACUUGGUAUCUUGCUAGAGCAUAUGAAACAAGUUGAUCGAGAGUCUCGCGAACAGUCCGGAGUCGUGCUAAAACUGCUCGGACCAUUAGGAGUGGUCCUUGAAUUGGAAGAGUACCGUCAAAUUGCAAAAUAUCGCUGUCUUGCGGAGUGGGGACUCGAAUGGUGUAAUGUCUUGGUCAAGAUUGCGGGACAGAGCCAAGAUGCUCAAGACGCGAUCUGGGACGACGCUCGUACCAUUCUACACUUCAGCGUUAUCGUGGCCGGUGAUGGCUUUGUUAACCAGGGUGAGAGAGCCCCUGCCGCCACGCUGGUCCUACAUCGGUUAUCGAUUCAAGAAACCACUGAUUGUAGUUGGAUCAUCGACUACAUCAUACAUUACCACAAUACUGAUGACGCAGCUGUGACUGACGCUAUGUUGGCACUGAGCCAGUUGCCUCACGUCGUCAAGUUCAACCAAGUCAGGAUCCCUGCAAUGGUUGAUGUCAUAGUGUCCUCUUUGGCUUUAAAAAGGCCGACAACUCUUCAGGAUGCCGCUCUUCGUGCUGCUCAUUCCUGUAGAAAAGUCAUCGCUCUAUCUGGUGACAGUUAUAUGCCACCCCAUUUGUUGUCAGGAUUUUCUGCCGCUCUUCACUCCACUCUCACCACGAGCGAAUCACCGCGGCAACACCUGCUUUAUCUGCAAAUAUUAUAUUCUUGGGCCAAAAGCCAAGCAUGGAGCACUCACAUCCUCGAUCAUGGACACCAUAGCGCUCAUCUUACUAUCGCCAACACGUUCCCAUAUCCUGACGAUCCCCUGCUGUCCGAACACCUCGCACUCUACAUUAUUGCAAACUUGCAAGUCAUGCAAGGAUUAUCGGACCAUCCACUCGACCUCCCGAAUGCUACUUCUUGCCGAAUACUUGUCCAAAAAGCCUGGCAUUCUUUGAUAGUUCGACAAACCGCAAGCAAUGAGACGGUCGAGCACCUUAGUGCUUUUACUAUGGACCGCUUACACGAGGGCAUAGUCGUUCGCACAGAUGAUUUAGUUUCUUCCAUCAGGCAGACUUUCAGUCAGCUAAGACAGGGUGGUGACCAUCGGUUGACAAGUGUGGUGACUGAAUUGUUGCUGAACAUUACGACGCUAUAGGACUAUGCCGCGAAAUUAGAAUACAUUUGACACAUGUUAGUGUCCUGAUCCGAUGUAUCUAACUACACAAUACGUAGACCGCAGGCAGAAGGCUGUUUGCUAUUGGGAGGCGAUCGAGGUGACGUUGAUGUACUACCAUCCGUUAUACAUGUUGUUUUGUAAGGCAGCUGGGUGCUUGACUCUUGGAGACAAAAGAGCAAGCUCUCUACCCAAUAUCUCAGUGCAUUGUAGUCGUUUUGGUUGUGAGGAUCAUCAAGCACCAAGCACCAGUGCACCACCGACGGAAGACGUAAUACAACCCAUCACUACAAGUACCGCACACCGGGUCGAGUGU